GAUCUUUGACUCGACUCGGCUCAUUCGACUGCCCGCACUUCUGUUUUCCACGCUGUCUCUCCACGCACCUUACCCCUAAUGAUCUCAUUUUAGGUUAUGAGGGAAAGUUGAAGUCCGAGAGAAAAGAUCGGCAUCAACGUAAUUCAACUAAGAUCUCUUCCGCAUCAAUCCCCAAUCAACUCGUUGCUACGUGCGUGGUGAACGUCAAGGCAGUGUGUAUCCUGUUGCGGCAAGCUCCUGUUGUCUCUUCCUCUUCGGUUUCUCCCUCUGCUUGUCUCCCUGAUCGCUCACUACUUUUCAAGUAUUCAAUUUACUAACCUCAAUUCAGUCACCAUGAUUCGCGCUCUUUUCGUCUUCGCUUUGAUCAUCGCCGUCGCUCAGGCCUUUGUCACCCCUGCCACCCAGGCUUUGUCUGCGGCCAAGGUUGAGGCACCCCAGAUGUCCUUCGACAGUUUUGCCGAAAUCGCACAAAGCUCACAAAUGAUCGCCUCCAACGCCGGUGACUUCGGAGGAGCUCUUUUCCCAGUUUUCGGACUUGCCACCCUUGGAGCCAUCAUCCUGGUCCUUGCCCCCCCUCUUCGUGAUGAUUAAAUUCCUUCCUCUUUUUGGAUUUAUCAUUUCAUAGAAUCAUCUGAUUGGUUGGUUGGGGUGUCGACCUUUGGCUAACAAACCACAAGUCAUAUCCCCUUCCUUCUGUGGAUGAUUUGACGUGAUUUGGGAGCGCGUGUAGACUACUACUUUUUCUACUCGGAGACUAACUUUUAGAGCUACAUUAUCACCAAGG